UACCUCCCCCUGUUUCAGUGCUUCGACACACAGAGUAGAGCACGCAUCUCCGAUCUCUUGCCUUCGAAUACGAGUGAAGCAGAAAGAAGGACGAGAUGGGUAUGAAGGAGGAAUUUGAAGAGUAUGCUGAGAAGGCAAAGACCCUCCCAGAGACUACAACAAAUGAAAGCAAGCUCAUUCUUUAUGGGCUGUAUAAGCAAGCAACUGUUGGACCUGUGAACACCAGCCGCCCUGGUAUGUUUAACAUGAGGGAUAGGGCAAAGUGGGAUGCUUGGAAGGCAGUUGAAGGAAAAUCUCAGGAGGAAGCAAUGGGUGACUACAUCACCAAGGUCAAGCAAUUGCAGGAAGAAGCUGCUGCCUCUGCUUAGUAUUUUGUCCGACUAUCUUGAGCUUGAAAUGAGGAAUCAUAUGUAGCUUUUAACUAGAAAACAUGUUUAGUUGGUUUAUCAGGUAACUGUAGUUGAACAUUGCUUUGCCAAAUGGAAUGUCCACUCUGCUUGGUUGUAUGGUUUUUCUUCUUAUAUUAUGUUGCUGCAAAAUGCAUGCAAGUUACUUU